AUCACUCAAGUGUUCAUUGUAAUCGCAGGCAUGUAGAGACUCGUUAUAUUUGGAGAACUCGAUAACGAACAAUAAUUUGAACUCACCUCUAUAGAACCCCGAUCACCUCCUCUCAGCUCGUAUGAGAAACUUAGAUCCUUCCCCGCGUAAACGGCAACGUGGCACUGGCCCGGACUCGGACUUCGAUACAAACAACUCCAGUUCAUCAGAUACCCCAACGCGGAGUCCUAACUUUUGGUUUCCGGAUGGAAACAUUGUUUUGGUUGCUGAAGGGGUGGCAUUCCGGGUGCACAGUGGGUUUCUGUCCAGGAACUCAGAGGUGUUUCGAGACAUGCUUCCCUCAACCCGACGAGAUUGACGAGGUGGACGGUUGCAAAAUGGUAGAACUUUCAGAUGAGAACAAGGAUAUUGCGAUCCUGUUGUCAGCUUUGUAUGAGGGUUCAUCGAUUUUCGGAGAUCACAAUGUUCUCCCUUUUCCCACAGUCGAAGCCUUGAUUCGCUUGGGGAUGAAGUAUCAAGUUGAAGUCGCCAGUCAGGAAGGCAUUCGCCGUCUCGAAAGGCUGUAUUCGCUUGACGAUCAUGAAAUGGAAUAUAGUAUAGAAGGCAAAAAAUCCCCCCACUUCACUCCUUCCGUUACGAUGGUGCCAGAGGACUCGGUGCAUGUGCUGACAUUGGCAAAAACAUUCGACAUAGAUGCCUUACUCUUUGGUGCCAUGUAUGCAUGCUGCCAACUUGACAUUGAUACCUGCCUCGACGCUGUGUCAUCCGGGAAAUGGGACAUGGAGGACCUCCGCAGAUGUCUCAAGACGAAAGAAGUUUUACUGUGCAUGCAAUCCUUAUUCCUGGAGCAUUUUUAUGGUCUCAAGGUAUCAAAGGGUUGCCCCACAAAGUCUGGCUGCAGGGCCAACCUGCAGGCGGUCUUACAACGGCGUAUGAAGCAACAUGAUAUCAGAUUCCGAGUAGGGAGCCAUCCAUUAUCUUUGAAGGGGAGACUCUUGCCAAUGGCGCUCAAGGAAGACCUUUGUGACUUGUGUGUUUCCAAGCUCAAAAGUCUCCUGGCGGAGUGCGAUGCUUGCGUUUGGCGUUUCCUCAAAGGGAUUCCCUAGCCAUAAAGUGUGUGGUCUAGCCGUCGGUCACCAUGAAGAGUUCAUGUACGGCCAUUUCUCCAACAUGUCGACCCUUAUUUCCCUUGUAGACGCAACAUGGUAUUGUUGUGUCCGGAUUAACAUCUCCCUCUGAACCGUCGAGCUAACGUUCAAAGCGCAUGCCAACUUACCGGCACAGUUUCGUGCCACCUGAUUAUAACUAAACCAAUGUAGGGCCAUACCUAUAUCUUUCACAGCUUGUCCCUUGUAUAUGUGCAGUCCUUUGGAUACUUCCUCGUACAAAGCAGAUUAGCACGAAUUGAGGAUGUAAUUAUUAUUGGUUUGUGUUGGGCUAUGGUCGCGGCGAUCGAGACUUGACCGAGAUCGUUGCCACUCAUUCUCUCUUUCCCUUCCUCUUCCACUGCCAUCAUAUUUGUCUUUUCUGUACAUGUGCUUGCUGCAUCUGGGAUUUGUUUUAUGAUAUCUCGACUGCUUUUUUUGAUAGUGGCAACCGAUUGGAUGUACCGUGACCACGACCCGGCAUUGACCCGACCUCUUGAUGUGAUUAAAUCCUUGACAUACCUCUGUUACUCUCCAGCUACUGUCGCAUCUUUAGUUUGGAAUUUUCUCAUAAAUUACCAGUGUUUCACAAGGU